GCACAUUGAUUUUCAGUCAGGUGGAGACAGUUGACGUGUACGGUUGUUAAUUAAACGGCUCAAGUGUUUAAGUGUAAAAGUUUGUGCAAAAAAAUAAAAAAAAAAUCCUAUAGUGAAAAAUUCAUAUUUAAAAUGAGGAAUAAUUUCUAAUCUUAACAACAUUAUUUAAUAAAUUAAUGGAAAAUGUUGGAAAAGUAUGCAAAAAUAAUUAAUAUUCGUUUAAUAUUAGUUUUAAAAACUAGCAAUUAUUAAAAAGUAAAUCAGACAGAAAAAAAUAGGAAAAAAAUCACAUCCUUUUGUUAACAUCUAUUUGCAAGAAGCUAGAAAAAAGAACCACAACAGCAACAACAACAAAUUAUUACUAUAAUAAUGUUUCCCCUAGACUAUACAACAACAAGUAAUUAAAAUCAAACAAUUCAAUUAAAAGUUGUGCAAAAAUAAUCUCCAUCAAUGAUCGUACAACAUUGAAAUUGUUAUAAAAAAAAGAUAGUGAAUCAAAUCAACUACUUACUUACUACUACUAAAUAUUAGGUCUCCGACAAGUGUAAUUAACAUUUUUAACAAGAAUUUUUAAAUUCAAACAAAACUGAGAAGGGGAAAAUUUAAUAAACUAAAAACAAAAUUACAUACAAGAAUAAAAAUAAUUGUAACAUUGUCAUCACCAAUGUCACCAACAUCUACAACAACAGUAAAUACAACAACGUCUACAUCAUCCACAGAAUCAGUAGCAGCAGCAUCUGUCAGCGGUGCAAAUAAAAGAAAUUAAAACUAAAUUAUAGUGAACAAUUAAAAAGCGUUUAAUUAAGUAAACGCUGUUUAAUCCAAAGAAAACAACCACACACUCAAGCUUUCUCAUCUGAACGCCAAAUAAAACCAGCACCACAGCAACAGUUGCAGCUAAAAAAUGGGAACCGGCCAUUAUUUUUGGGCGAUAUUCUAUUUUGCCAGUUUAUGUAGUGCAUCAUUAGCUAAUAAUGCCAAAAUAAAUUUCCGAGAAAAGGAGAAAAAAGUCUUAGAUCAAAUUUUAGGUGCAGGCAAAUAUGAUGCAAGAAUACGACCCUCCGGUAUUAAUGGAACGGAAAAUUUACCCACGUAUGUCUAUGUCAACAUGUUCCUACGGUCUAUUUCAAAAAUCGACGAUUACAAAAUGGAAUACAGUGUUCAGCUGACAUUCCGUGAACAGUGGACGGAUGAACGUUUGAAAUUUGAUGACAUACAAGGUCGUCUCAAAUAUUUGACAUUAACAGAAGCCAAUCGAGUUUGGAUGCCCGAUCUGUUCUUUUCCAAUGAGAAAGAGGGUCAUUUCCACAAUAUCAUUAUGCCAAAUGUUUACAUACGUAUUUUUCCAAACGGUUCAGUUCUGUACAGUAUUCGUAUAUCACUGACAUUGGCAUGUCCCAUGAAUUUGAAAUUGUAUCCAUUGGAUCGUCAAAUUUGUUCACUACGUAUGGCCAGUUAUGGCUGGACUACAAAUGAUCUUGUCUUCCUGUGGAAAGAAGGUGAUCCUGUACAAGUGGUAAAGAAUUUACACCUACCUCGCUUUACGCUCGAAAAAUUCUUGACUGAUUAUUGCAACAGUAAAACCAAUACGGGUGAAUACAGUUGCCUCAAAGUCGAUCUACUAUUCAAGCGAGAAUUCUCAUAUUACUUAAUUCAAAUUUAUAUCCCAUGCUGUAUGCUGGUAAUUGUCUCAUGGGUGUCAUUCUGGCUUGAUCAAGGUGCUGUACCAGCUCGUGUAUCAUUGGGUGUCACCACUCUCCUAACAAUGGCUACACAAACAUCGGGUAUUAAUGCUUCACUGCCCCCAGUCUCAUACACAAAGGCCAUUGAUGUUUGGACUGGUGUGUGUUUGACGUUCGUAUUUGGUGCCCUGCUCGAGUUCGCCUUGGUGAACUAUGCGUCCCGCUCAGGUUUGAAUAAAGCUAACAUGCACAAGGAGAAUAUGAAAAAGAAACGACGGGAUUUGGAGCAGGCCAGUAUAGAUGCUGCUUCAGAUUUAUUGGAUACAGACAGUAAUGCAACAUUUGCAAUGAAACCUUUGGUACGCCAUCCGGGUGAUCCAUUGGCAUUGGAAAAGUUGAGACAAUGUGAAGUUCAUAUGCAGCCACCAAAACGUCCAAACUGCUGUAAGACUUGGCUGUCAAAGUUCCCCACAAGACAAUGUUCUAGAUCGAAGAGAAUCGAUGUUAUAUCACGAAUAACAUUCCCGCUGGUCUUCGCCUUAUUCAAUCUGGUCUACUGGAGCACCUACCUAUUCCGUGAAGAGGAGGAUGAGUAAAUGCCAAAAUAAAAUAUAUUUUAAUUUUAAGAGCAAAACCUAAAGAUUUUACUAAUCAAUGAUUAAAUUUUUCUUCUUUUUUAUGUUUACAUUUUUUAUAUAUAUUUACUUAUACUUUUUUACGUUACAACGUUAUCGUUUACGUUUUCACUUUCACUUCUCUUGACGAUGUUUGUGUUAUUAUUUGUUACAAACGAAAACCUAAUAAAUGCAUAAAAAAUAUAACGAAACCAACUAAAUUUUUCUACGUCAAAUUCGAAACGAAAUCAAAAAAAAAAAACUUAAAAAAUAUCGUACCAAAUAAAGGGCUUUCUAAAUGCAUGAUGUGAAAGAUGAUAAGGAACUUUACCAUAAUGACAAUGGCUAUGUAGAAUUCUAUCGAAUGAAAACCCCAAAAGAAAGAAUGAAAGUAAAAAGUUUAAAUUUCGACCUCAAACCCUGCCCCUCUAAAAAACGAAAUUCAAGUUAAAAAAAAGUGUGAUUUGUUAUAUAGAGAUUAAAAAUUCAUAAUCCCAGAAAAAAA